GCACCCAGAGGGGAAGGAGCCGUAAUCCCGGGUAAAUCUGCAACCGGAGUCCAAAGAGCAGUACAUUCGGACAGAGGAAAGAGAGGUGGAAAAGAGGGGGGGAAAAAGCGAAAAACAAAACGAAAGAGGUAAAUGCAAACUGCAGUUCGGAGAAGAGAGAUGGAGAGUUUACCUGGGUUCCGAUUUCUGUUCUCAUAAGGAGAGAGGCGGUUGUGUAUGUUGGGAGAAGGAUUCGACUACGGGGUUGGCGCCAAGGACCUUCACACCUACCUAGAGAUAACAGUAGAAGAAGUAAAAUUGGAACAUCUCUGAAAGUUUACACCUGAACGAGCCGCGAAUGUCUCGAUUCCUUAUGCUGAGCCGGCGCUUUCACCUCAGUGUUCAGGGAAAAGCCACCCGGGCACUGAAGAACAGAGGCAGCCCUGGACACUUUGAUCGUCAAACAUAUUGUAACUAAAUCAAUUUUAUCAGCAAAAGGGCACGUAACGUGGAGGAAAAACACGGAAAGAAUGAUCAAAUAUUAAGAUUUUUAAAAUUUUGUUUUAACGAUUUUCCUUGUUUGUUUUCGAGAGCGGCGGCUUCGGAUGUGGCGCACAUUUCACCUGAACUCACUUCUUCCCACAUCGCGCCAGUUAUGUCUGAGGGUGGUCAGGUGUGGCCGUGUUUAACCCUGCCGGGAGAGGAGGAAUUGGGGCUGUAAAACUCCAGAGGCAGCGAGUUCGAGGAAAGGGUAUCAGAAGUCGGCUGGAUCCUUGUUUAAACUGGAUAUUAUGGCUCCUCGUGUGCAGGAGCCCUCAGCCCUGGUCGGGGUCUGUGUGUGUCUCGUGGGGCUGGUGGGGGUUGCCCUCUGUGCUUCCAAGGCAAUGGUCUGCCAGGAGAUUACGGUGCCCAUGUGCAAAGGCAUCGGCUACAACCACACCUACAUGCCCAACCAGUUCAACCACGACAGCCAAGACGAAGCGGGGCUCGAAGUCCAUCAGUUCUGGCCCCUGGUCGAGAUCCAGUGCUCCCCCGACCUCCGCUUCUUCCUGUGCAGCGUCUACACUCCUAUCUGCUUGGCGGACUAUAUGAAACCCCUGCCACCUUGCAGAUCCGUCUGCGAAAGGGCCAAGUCCGGCUGCUCCCCUCUGAUGAGACAAUAUGGCUUUGCUUGGCCGGAAAGAAUGAACUGCGACAAACUCCCUGUGCUCGGAGACCAAGACAACCUGUGCAUGGAUUACAACAGGUCCGAGGCGACCACCGUGUCGCCCCCGUUCUUAAAGCCCACUGUUGCACCCAAGGGUUCCGGCGGCAACAAGAACUUUCGACCCUCCUGGGCACAUCCAGGAAACCAGCCCGCACAGUCAGCAGACUGCCCGGGAAAAUGUAGCUGCAAAGACCCUCUGAUCCCGAUCUCCAAGGAGAGUCACCCGCUCUACAACAAGAUCAGGACCGGCCGGUUGCUCAACUGCGCUUUCCCGUGUUACGAGCCGUACUUCAACCAGGAGGAGAGGACUUUCGCAACCUUAUGGAUCGGCUUGUGGUCGAUUCUGUGCUUCAUCUCCACCUUCACCACCGUGUCCACCUUCCUGAUUGACAUGGAGAGGUUCAAGUACCCAGAGCGACCCAUCAUCUUCCUGUCGGCCUGCUACCUCUUCGUGUCCAUCGGCUACAUAGUGCGGCUGGUGGCUGGCCAUGCGAACGUGGCAUGUAACAAGGACUAUCACCACAUCCACUACGACACCACCGGCCCCGCCCUUUGCACCGUGGUCUUCCUGCUCAUCUACUUCUUCGGCAUGGCCAGCUCCAUCUGGUGGGUUAUCUUGUCCUUCACCUGGUUCCUCGCCGCGGGCAUGAAGUGGGGCAACGAGGCUAUUGCGGGCUAUUCCCAGUACUUCCACCUGGCCGCUUGGCUGAUCCCCAGCGUGAAGUCCAUCGCCGUACUGGCUCUGAGCUCCGUGGAUGGCGACCCGGUGGCCGGCGUCUGCUACGUAGGCAACCAGAACCUGGACAACCUCCGAGGAUUCGUCUUGGCCCCUCUGGUGAUCUACCUGCUCACUGGGACAACCUUCCUCCUGGCCGGAUUUGUCUCCCUGUUCAGGAUACGGAGCGUCAUCAAGCAAGGGGGUACCAAGACGGACAAACUGGAGAAGCUUAUGAUUAGAAUUGGCAUCUUCACGGUGCUCUACACCGUCCCAGCCACCAUAGUGGUGGCUUGCUUCAUCUAUGAGCAGCACUCGAGGGAGAGCUGGGAGACGGCGCUCAGCUGCCCUUGCCCGGGAGCCGGAGAUUACCCCCGACCCGAGUACGCCGUCUUCAUGUUGAAGUACUUCAUGUGCCUGGUGGUGGGCAUCACCUCCGGCGUCUGGAUUUGGUCCGGGAAGACCUUCGAGUCGUGGAGACGGUUCACCAGCAGAUGUUGCCGGGCUCGGAAGCUGACCAGCGGGUCCAUGUACAGUCAGGCAAGCACAGCCCUGACCACCAGGACUGGAGCAAGUGGUUCGGCAGCCUACCACAAGCAACUGGCGCUCUCGCACGCUUGAUGCUCGGGUGACACACGUGCUUAUACAUAUUGUAAAUAAAUAGACGUAUAUUAUAUAUAUCCCGAGGUACACCUACCCGAGACAAUGUUUAUCUGGUGAGUCUUUUACACUGUGGCUUGUUAUUUGAUGGGUUUCUGGAUUGUCAUCUUCAGGGACCUGGUUCCCAGUCGCUGGUGACCGAUUAUCAAAACCUCCGGUUGCAUUUCAACUUGGGGAGAUUAAACCAGCGGCCCGAGAGGCGGCGCUCCCCCCUCUCGCUCAGCCUGGGGGUGCUCAUUUUCAGCUGGCUUUGCAACCCGCCCCGAUUUUCCUUCGCAGCAAGCCAGACUUACGCCCAAUACGCUCUCAAGGAGUUGGUUUGAAGAGAACCCUGCCUCCCCCACUAUCAUCCCCAUCCCCAUUGCUUUGGUCAACGACCUGUGGCUGUUAAACACUCGGGCUGUGAUGCGACGCCCGCGACUUUGAGAUGCAGUCCGCUCCCGGUGACCCAGCCGUGGGCAGCUGCGGUGGAGUGUUUGAGCAGAACCAACGCUGUUGCUCAGACUGAUCCCCAGGCCGUUCUUGACCUGAGGUGAGUCGCGGCUUGACUCCAAUGCUGAUGGAAAAUUCAUCAGGCGGGAGUCCCUCCCACUGUCACCUGGGCUGGAGACCCUGUCGAGAAAAAGUAAACAAGUGGGACUUGGCUGGGGCGACCUCUGACCCGCCCCACCAGUGCUUCAAAGACCAUUCAAUUAUCUGGCCUGGCAGGCAAGGUGGAGGGUGCCGUUAAAGGCGACACUGGUGGCAGGGUGCCGGCCGUCUCAGGAGGAGGGACAAGGGACAAAGGAAGAUUAAGGUGUAGCUGAGUGGCUCACUUUGAAACAGGUGAAGUUGCCAGCUCCUGCUGAUAACAGGGCAAAUUCCACCCCAACCCCCACUCUGCUCCAGUAUCAGGGAAGGAAUAAUACAAAAAAAUUCAGUCAACAGGUGAACUGCAGCCAGUGAACCCAGACACAGGAGCAGGAAGGAGUCUUUUCACUGCAGCUGGUUUUAUUGGGGAGGUUUUUGCUUUGUAAAUGUGACCACAUUAUCUAAUGAAAAGGUGAGCUAAAAGAAAAACAAGUAAUGAUCAAAAGCAGAGCAUGUCAUGACAACUGUGUCCUCCUGUGAGGCUGUUCCUAUGGUGUCCAGGAUUGUCGGUAGUCUUUUGUUAAGUGUUCAUGCUAAAUGAUGUUGACUGGUUAGCUGGAAUCUAUUAUUCCUGUGAUCUGCUUAGGUUGCUUGUGGGUUGGACAAGGUCUGCUAGCCCAGGCACUGGAUAUGUUACCUUGCAUCUUCCCCUGCACUCUCAUCUUUCCUGUGAUGGGGGAAUCCAGUUCAAAUUCUGCUGGGAGCACCUUCUCACAUUGUUUUAAACAGUUCAGUGGGGGUGGGGUAUCUCAUUGAAUUCUCUAUCCAAUGAUUGAUUCUGAAUUAGUCAGAGAUACAGCACGGAAAAGGGCCCUUCAGCCCAUCGAGUUUAUGCUGACCAUCAACCACACAUUUACACUAAUCCUACGUCGAUCCCAUUUUAUUCUCCCCACAUUCCCAUCAACUCCCCCGAGGUUCACCUACUUGCCUACACACUAGAGGCAGUUCACAGCGGCCAAUUAGCCAACCGACCCACAUGUCUUUUGGAUGGGGUGGGGGGGAGCCUGUGCACCUGGAGGAAACCCACACGGUCACAGGGAGAACGUGCAAACUCCACACAGACAGCACCGGAGGUCAGGACUGAACCCAGAUCUGAUAGCUGCCUUCUAAUUUAGCGAGAACAUUUGUAAGGAACAGACAGUCAAUCUAUAUCUUGUAGACCCAAACAGUGCAAGUCUGCAGACUUUUGAACUGUGAUCCGAAUCACAGUUGGGGUCAGUGUUUACCCUGGAUGAGUUAUGAACCCAGGCAGUGAAGUUCUUCAAACUAUUUGACUGUGAAAGCAUCACACUAAUCCAGGUCUCAUACGUGUGAUUGCUUAGAAAUUUUUAACACUUUUUUCCCAGUGCUGUGUGAUUGAAAAUAGUUUUUUUUGGGCAUGAAAUGCAAUUUGAAUUGUUUUCAGGUUGUUUCAUAUCACUCUGGAAAUUCAAGCUGUUCUGGGCGUGAGUCACACUUUUGCCCCCUACUGCGAUUUCUUUUUCCAGGGCACAGGAGCUAACAUCGUUCCCCAGGCAGUGAUCCCUUUGGAACAUUUUGGGGAGGAUGUUGGUCUAUAUUGUCCUGGGAGGGACAUCAACCAAAGGCAGAACGAGUGUGUAGGUUCCCCUGAUGGCUGAACAUCCCACAGCUUCCACCUCACCAAUGUGGGUGGCUGGAAGGGGGCAGCAGGGUUGGACCACAAAUUCCCAAUGACCCCCUCACCCCAGAGUUGGAGGCAUCUAUUGGCUUCCAAUCCACCAAUGGCCCCUCCCAACCUCUGCAACCUCUUCCAGCCCUAUAACUCUGUUCGUCUCCACCAUUGCAGGUGUGCCUUCUGCCCCCAUGGGUCCUGAACUCUGGAACUGUGUGUCCAUGUAUUUAAGACACUCGCCACAAUCCACCUUUUUGACCACUAGUCCCAAUGUCUCCAUGGGUGGUUUGGCAUCGGUCCUGUGCAUAAUAAAGUACGUGAAGUAUAUGACAUGUUUUACAAUGUCAAGGGCAUGACAUAAAUGCAGUUUAUUAUAGAAUGUCAGCAAUGAAUGUCAGAGACAGUCCUGGUUUUAAGGAUUCCAGAUAAACAAGGAGGGAGACCCCCCCCCCCCCAGAAAUGAUCCACACACACACAGACUAGUGUACAGCAUUAUCUUAGCAGAGGCAAUAACCCUUCAAGUUAAAGGCUCCAGAAAAACAACGGGCAACAGUUUACCUUGUGUACUUGCACUCUCGUCUUUACUGCCACAGUUGCAGUGUGCGUGCACUUCUUUCCUACCUGUGUGUUACUAUCUCACUUACCUCGUCGUUCAAACCUAAUAGCCCAGUAGAAGUUCAUUCAGCCGAAGGUGCCUGUGUCGACCCAAUUAACCCCACAGCUCCUGCUCAGUUGCCGUUGGCUCUGAUGGGUUUUCCUUUGCAUGUAUGCAAUUGAUUUCAAUAUUUAUCCAUCACCAAAACAGAUUACCUGGUCAUUAUCAUGUUGCUAAUUGUGUGAGCCUGUUUAUGGACUUCCUUGGCUGUCAAAUAGUUUCAGACCUCGCGAGGAAUUCAAGUUAUUUCUUCUUUCUUUGGAGGUUAUGAGGGGUUUUGAUAGAUAAAUCUUUUCUCUUUUUAAGUUAUCCUGGAAUCUGUUUCCACCAUCCUUGGAGGCAAAGUAUUUUGAUGAUGUUAUGAGCUUGAUCAUCGUGGCAGUAGUGAUCAGUAUCUUGUUGAAUAGUUUCAAGUCCUACUUAGAUGGAGAGGUUCAUCUCGUGGUCCAGUGGUCCUGCUGUAUUGACCUGGUCUGUACCGGUGAAGGACUUGUGAUUUGAAAUAAGGAAAGAUUUGCACGUCUGAAGCUUUUUUUUCAUGGUCUCCAGUUGUUCCAAAGCACCUUACACCCAACAAGGUAUAUCCUCUGUUAUUAAGUAGGAGCUGUGACAGCCAGUUUAGAUAGCCUCUUCCUCUUCUUAGGCAGUCCCUUAGGCUGAGGGUGACUGGCUUCCACCCACCCUUGAGGAGUGGAAGUUGCCCACAUGGGAACCUUUUGAGUUGGGAGUGGCCGUUCACUGUGGCUACCACAUGGACUUGCCAGAGCCAAUGGCAAGAAGGUCCAGGACAACUGGAGGGCAGGCUCUGCUGCAUAGACUUAGCAUAGGCAUGAAUGUGGAUGGAUGGCCACACACACACAACACAGUGUUGCGCACAACACAUGAACAUGCCCACGCCAUCUCACCGGGCCCCUUCUCCCCUACCCCAAUCUCCUCCUUCACCCUCUUCCCCUCUCUCAAACCCCCUCCUUCAGGACCUUUCCCUCCUGAUUACCCCACUCUCCCUUCCCUUCACCCCUCCCCCACAAAACUCCCCAGCUGCCAACAGCUUGCUCCCAGCCAGAGUGGGACCACAGCCUGUCUAUGUCUUCAGGGCUGCCCCAUUACUCCCUCUCUCCCGUUCUUCCUCAAAAUACUGAGGGUUCUUUUACGUCCACCUGGGAGGUCAGAAGGGGCCUCGGAUUAAUAUCUCAUUCAAAAGCUUUCAAUGAUGUAGCACUUGAGAGCUGGCUGAGAUUUUGUGAUUAUCUCUCAGGGUGGAGGGAGGUGGCCAUCGAUGAACCUCAAGCCUUCUGACUCAGAGGUCGGCUGGUUUCACUGACACUCUAUAUUUUAAAUUUACCUCAUGAUUCGUUCUAUGAAAGCAAUAGAAAAUACGGCACCGUGUUAUCUUAAACACAAGGGUGGGCGUCAGAUCAAUCUGUGUAAAAGCAGUGGGAAUGGGAUAAAAAAGAUCUCUGCAGUGCUGGAUUAGUAUUCUGAACCUCAUCAGUUUAAGUGCCACUGCUGGCAGUUUGAUCAAUGAAAUAAAAUCAAUAUAAAUGACCAUGAAGAGGUGGAUUGUAGUUUAAAAUGAACCUGACUGGUGGUAGUGAACCUUCUGCCUCUGUGUAGUCUACACCACACUCCAGUCUCAGCAAUAUGAUGGAUUUCCGGCUUCCCUUCUGAAAGGGUUUGGUGAACCCCAGCUGUCGCACACAGCACUGUCUCCUCAUCCCAACCCUCUACCACAUACAAUUUUUUUAUUGACUUGGCAAUGCGCACAGCCAUUGAUCAAGGCCCACACAUCUUUGGAUACAAGUUUCUGUAAUUGAUAAACAUAGUCAAAAUUUGCAGGAUGUCUGAAUCUGUCACAGUGCUUGUCGCUCAGAUGGAGGCUUGCGGGGGGCAAAGUUGCACAAAACACACUUUGUUUUUUUUGUCCCUGGUGUACUCACAGAGAGAUACAGCACAGAAAUAGGCCCUUUGGCCCAGCGAGUCCGCACUGACAAUCAACCACCCAUUUACGCUAAUUCUACCUUAAUCCCAUAUUUUAAUUCUCCCUACACUUGCAUCCACAUCCCCCCCCCACCCCCCCCACUCAGGUUCCACCACUCACUACACAUGAGCGGCUAUUUGCAGUGGCCAUUUAGCCUACCAACCCACAGGUCUUUGGGAGGUGGGAGAAAACCAAAGCAUCUGGAGAAAACCUGCACAGUCACAGGGAAAACGUGCAAACUCCACACAGUCAGGAUUGAACCUGGGUUCCUGGAGCUGUGAGCCAGCGGCUCUACUAGCUGCACCACUCUGUCGCAAUGUAAUUGUGCAAAGAUUGAGUGUUUGCUGACCAAAAUGUAUUGACAAUUUUUGGCAAAUUAUUGAGAUCUGUGGUGCAUUUGCAGUAAUCCCGGUUUGUGGUGAAGCUUCAAGCACCAACAACCCUUUUGUGACCACUUAAAAUAAAAUCUGGAGAAAUUGCUUUUCAACCCCUUAAGGUAAUCAAACGUUUCAGUGGAGCUGAGGUAAAAGAUCAGUCUCAAACUUUUUCAAUGGCAUAUCAGGCACAGGGGGCCAAGUGGUCUGCUCCUGCUUUGUUUUCUUAUGUUCUUCCAGUGGUCAUAGCACUUGCCCUCAACUGUUGUAGCGCUCUCUGUGGGAGCUUGCUGUACAUGACAGGACCACCUUGCCCCCUACGUCAGAAGGUACACCUCAAAAGUACCUCAUUGGCUGCACAGCAGCUGCCUCACAGGAUUCGAUGCUGACCUUGCAUGCUGUCUCCAUGAAGUUUGCACAUUCUCUCUGUGACCGCGUGUGUUCCCCCUCCUCACGUCCCCCCACCACCCCCCACCGCCCCCCCCCCCCUCCCCAGGUGCUCCGGGUGCUUUCCACUUCCCAGUGAUGUACUGGGAGGUUAAUUGGCUGCUGUAAAUUGCCGAUGGCAUAGGUUAAUGGCAAGAGGGGCAGGCACGGUAGUGUAACGGUUAGCUUAACGCUUUACAGCGCCAGAGACCCAGGUUCAAUUCCGGCCGCCGUCUGUCAGGAGUUUGUACGUCCUCCCCGUGUCUGCGUGGGUUUCCUCCGGGCGCUCCGGUUUCCUCCCACAUUCCAAAGACGUACGGGUUAGGAAGUUGUGGGCGUGCUAUGUUGGCGCCGGAAGCACGGCGACACUUGCGGGCUGCCCCCAGAACACUCUACGCAAAAGGUGCAUCUCACUGUGCGUUUCGAUGUAAUAAACACACGUGACUAAUAAACAUAUCAUAUAAUAUCACCAGAACCAAAGGGGAGAUGACAGGCAUGUGUGAGAGAGAAUAAGUUGCAGGGGUACAGGGGAAUAAGGAGAGGGUGAAUGGGACCGAUAAGGCUGCCCUGAUGGGUGCAGACCCAGACCUGAUGGGCUGAAUGGCCUCUUUUUGUAUUGUAAUCGGGAAACUGGAUACACCCUCAUAUUUUAAGCUGGUGUGGUGUUGGAUCCUUGUGACUGGAACAGCAGCCUUCAGUUCAAGUCACCUGGGACCAUUGUGUUCUUGAAGCAGAAUCAGGGGCAAAAUAUGCCCAAAAGAGAUGGAAUUGCUUGCAAAUAUUCUUUACAAAAGAAUAAGAUUGUCCUUAUUUUAUAAGGCACGGUACAGAACUUUGGUGUUUACAUCGCACUAGGGAGGAGGAGUAGGGUUAGCACUUGUCAGCCUCUGGCUGAUAGAACGGGCCUGAAGGGCCAAAUGGUCUUCCUAAAUCUCAGCAGAGUUGUACUGUCCCGGUAGAUGCCACGGUUGGUGGGUGGGAGCCUAAGCUGCAUCCAAUCAGCAUGCAAGUUUACUGCUGAAUACAAGCCCACACUAAAUCAUUCACCCAAAAUAUUACUAAGGGAACUAGAGAAGCUUAACUCCAAUAAAUAUUGCUCAAUAUUAAAUUACAGUCACCAAAAUAGGAUACCAUAACAGUCAGAGAGAGAUACAGCAAAGAAACAGGCCCUUCAGCCCACCAACUUCACCCUAACUGCUAACCACCCAUUUAGACAAAUCCCAUAAUUAUCCCAUUUUCCACUCUCCCUACAUUCUCAUCAACGCCCCCCAGAUUUUGCUACUCACCUACGCACCAGGGGCAAUUCACAGCAGCUGUUUAAUCUGCCAACCUGCACGUCUUUGAGAUGUGGGAGAGAACUGGACCACCUGGGGUAAACUCACACCGGCAUAGGAAGAACAUGCAAACUCCACACAGACAGCACCGGAGGUCAGGAUUGAAUCCAUCUCUGGCGCUGUGAGGCAGCAGUUCUACCACCCUACACCACUGUACCCACCCAGAUACAAAAAACAACUCAGAUCACCUCCUCUUCAGUGGAACCUAUCAGUUUAAACUUGGACUGCUGUUUGAGAUGCUGAAUAAUGGGUAGAACUUGUUGGAGCUCUUUAAAUAUCUUGCCCAUUAUUGUGAGAAGAUUUUUGCUCCAAUUAUAUAGGGUUCUGGUGAAACUGCACCUGGAGUACUGCAUACAGGUCUGGUCACCCUACCUAAGGAAGGAGAUACUUGCGAGAGAGAAAGUGCAGUGAAGGUUCAUCAGAUUGAUUCUUGAGAUGGCCAGUUUGUCGUACGAGGAGAGAUUGGACGGUCGAGCGUUCAGCAGAAUAAGAGGUGAUCUCAGUGAAACAUACAACAUUUUUAAGAGGCUGGACAGGGUACAGGCAGGAAUAAUAUUUCUCCAAGCCAGGAAGUCUAGAGCAGGGUUCACAGGCUGAAAGGGUCGGCCAUUCAGGACAGAGGUGAGAAGAAAUUCAGAGGAUGUGAAUCUUCGCAAUUCUUCACCUCAACACAAUUGUGGAGAGUCCAUCAUUGAGUGUAUUCAAGACAGAGAUUGAUAGAUGUUCGGACAUCGAGGAAAUCAAUGCAUGUGGGGUUCGUGCAGGAAAGUAGCGCUGAGGGAAACAGAAUCAGUUGUGACCUUAUUUAAUUGGGGAGGAGGCACAAGGGGCUGAAUUGUCUGUUCCUGCAUCCAUUUCUUCUACAGCACACACCCGUGUCUUUCACACUGCUAACUGGAGUGCCUCUGACCCCAUCUGUGAAGUUGUUCUGCAAUCAUGCCAGUUAACUUUACAUUGAUGUGAAAUCUGUGAUAAUUGGAUGUCAGCAUUACAACAUUAUCUGCACCCCGUUUUUUGUGAUCCACCUUUCUGUCCCAUGUGUGUUUGCCAUUUUGACUUGCGUGCGUGUGUGUGUGUGUGUGUGUGUGUGAUUGUGCGCGUGCACAUGUGCGCACUUUGCUGGUUUACACAGAAUAGCAAGUGCCCUCUAAGCCCUCCAUAGCUGGUGUCUUCUAGCUGUUAGCCAGUUGGUAAGCACUUUCCGAGGAAGAAGUUUGUGGGUUCAAGAACCCCAAUCUGAAGACUUGAGUACAAAAUCUAGGCUCUAGUGCAGUUCUGUGCAGUCAGAGGUGCUGUGCUUUAGAUUAGAUGUUAAUUAAAUGUCCCCUUAACUGGACAUGAAAGAUCCUCUGCUGGGUAGUCCUUCCCAUGACAUGGCCAAUAUUUAUCCCCCAAAUAUGACGAUACAUAUAGUCAUCCAACUACCUUCUUUUGGAGGUACUUUGCAUCCACAAAAUCAAUGAAGACACUUUCAAAAGGUUGGAUAGUCUGUUUUUUAAAGCUUGGUACAAUGGCACAUGAUCAAAGCUACCUGAACAGUCACUGCACCUGUCCCUCAGUUCAGUUGCACUGUAUUUUGUUCAGCUGGACUGCAGCCUAUCAGUUUUGAAGCAAUAGAGUUUAUUGCGGAAACUGCAAUACUUUCUAUUUCCUUGUUGUGCUUCUAAAAUCCUGCUCCAAAAUAACACUUUUAAAAGCCUCCAAAGAAAUGGCUACCCAGAUCAAGUGGGGUGGUGGGAUGACUUGUAUUUAAGAAGAACAUUCCUUUCCUGUUUAAUUAAUACUUACCCUCCUUGGAGUCUAUUGCACGAAAAAUCAUCAGGAAUAAUGUAAGUUAUUCUGAAUAACGAAUGUAAAUAAUUCUAAGUAUUUCUAGCUAAAUACGGGUUUGUUGCAAGUCUAUUUAUACCUGGACAAUCUCUAGGCUCAUAAUUCAAACCAGCAAUUUGUACAUACCACAUAAACAUGUCACAGCUCCUUAAGUGAGGAUAUAAGUUAACUUCAACUUUCCCUGUCAUCCCAUCAUGAUCAUUUUAUAUAGUUUAAAACUUUGUAUGUAUUAUAUUUUGCAAAAGUCUUGAGAUUUUAUAAAGAUAAAUGAAAAGUAGGUAUUUAUGAAAAACAUUUCUGUCUUCUAUUUUUUGUUCUUGUUGU